AUGUCUUGUGCUUACCUUUCUGGAGAUGCUGGAGAACAUAUAUCUUUUGUGAGUGUUGCAAGUUCUAAAUUUGUCCAUCUAUCUCCUUAUUUUGAGUCCUUGAAUCAAACUUGGGCAUCGAUCAUGAAGCAGAAGAUCCUACCAAGCAUGGAUUCAUGGCAUGGUUGGGAGCAGCUAAAGCCGCCAGGAGUCCUACCUAUCAGCAGUCAAUUAUCUAACCAUGAACUGGAAACAAGGAGUAAUGAAGCUGUCUCCGAAGGGCUUGAGCCCAAGAAAGCAAGAACGUCGGUUCGGUGCAACAAGCCCAUAGUACGUUCGGCACUAUCAAAGCUAUUCAGGUACAGCAAGACAAAAGUAGAUCCUGCUGCUGUUAUCAAGGAAGAUUCAGUUCUGUGGCAUAGCAAACCCAGUUAUAUUGAGCCCAGCAUUUAUUCAAGCCAAAUCCUACUUGAACCUUUCCUGGACAAAUUCCAGGAUGGAGACUUGGAGAACUCGGUCUUCUCACCAGAUUGCCACCGACCCCAACUCCAGGAUGUUCCUUCAAUACAAAUUGUGGAAGAAGGCACUAUUGAAACUCAGGGAAACGUCACUUCUAGUCUCAGGAAGUUCUUCUCGAUGCCUACACCCAGUAUUGGCCAUUCCCAAUCCAGCUUUUUUCAUGACGUCAGAAAAAUCGAUACAACACAAGUCAAGUCCAUUUUGUCCUCAGAGAAUAUUGAGCAAGGUGCUAUCAAUUGUAAUUUUUCUAAAAUUACUGCUCCCGACCUGCAACAUUUUGAUUCUAAUGGAAAGGGCAAAUCGGUGAGUUGUUUUAGUGCUGAGUCUGGUCUGUCAGAGUAG